UUGCAGUAAUACGUCAUUCUCUCACGUUCAAUGUGUGGUGUCAUAGUGAAAUAUUCGUGAUAUUAGUUCUUACUGACAAAUCACAAAAGUAUUUUAAAAUGCUGGAAAUUUUCUGUUUUCAUUAUGUAUUUUUUCAUUAAAAAAAUGUUAGUGUUGUGCUGUUCGUUGGAAGAAGUAUAGUAAAGAAACUUAUAAAUCCUCACAAUGAACUGUCACCAAGUAUUAAGUGGUGCCUGUAAUUCAGGAGAUCAAUGUUUUGCUGUUGGUUCAGUGGAAGGAAUACCUUUUACAGCAUAUGCAGCAGGAUGUAACAUAGUAAUACUUGCAUCGAACUUUGAGCGUGUUCAGAUUAUACCUGGUGCCAUACACGGUUACAUCCGCAUUAGUUCCUUAGACUGCAGCACUGAUACAGGGAAAAUUGCCGCUGCAUAUGGGGCUGAGGUGUGCAUAUUUGAACCCACACCACUUAUACAUACAGCAGGAACAACACAUGGGUUGGAGUACAGAUGGGUGCAGACCGGCAAGCUUGUGGCGGAUGGGCCAAUCACCGCGCUGUCCUGGAACCUGGAAGGUACCCGGCUGCUCACCGGCGGAAAGAUCUUGCAGCUGUGGCAUCAGGCAUCCUUGUACCAGGAUGACAGCCAACCAAGUUCCGGUGUCACAUUCCAAAUCGGCGGAGAUAAGGAGGACAAACCCAAACAGCCGGAGGAAGAGGAACCUGGUUGGAUUUGUGUGUGGCAAUGCCACACGGCGACGCCGGCGCACCACCUCGCUUUCUCCCCAGAUGGCGUUCUCUUCGCUACAUCCGGCAUGAACGAUCGGCUUGUUAAAAUUUGGCAUCAAAACAAAGUACUGGUGCAGGCGCACGGCGAACAUUCAGGAACGGAAUUGAAUUACACGUUUAUCUACGUGGCACAUCCACGCGCAGUCACUCAUCUAUCAUGGCGGAAGACAAGCAAAUAUAUGCCCAAAGGCAGCGUGGGCAACGUGCUGGUGACGUCGUGCGUGGACAACAUCUGCCGCGUGUGGGCGGAGACGCUGCUGCCGGAGGACGAGUGGGGCGGCGGCUCCGCGGCCGCGCGCUCGCCGCCGCGCCGCCAGCGCGCCACGCACAGGCACAAGCACCGCUUCAUGCAGCGACUCAAACAUAUGAAAACAUGUUUCCACAUCCGACGCAACGCGCAGUCUUCGAAGCAGCCCGGCGCGCCCAUACCCACGCUGCCCUCCACCUACAGCGCGCACGACUUCCACAACUCCUUCCAGGCCAGCUCCUACACCGGAGGGCUGCACUUCCACUUGGCGGCGUCUAUCAACGCGGAGACGGACAUCCCGCUGGUGCCGUCGCUGGCGGGCGGCGGCCGCUUCAUCCUGCACUGGCUGCACAACAAGGAGAUGCACUUCACCAGCCAGGCGGAGGCCAUACUGCACGACCUCACUAAGAAGGUUUUAGACAAGGAAGAGAACGAGGAAGGUUCCGGUAUGGAUCACAACACACAUCCUGACGGAGAGAAUGAAUCGAGUAGCGGUAACCACAGCCAUCCUAGUCUUUCAAACACGACGUCCAUCAACUCUAUAGCGACGGACGUAACGUGCACGCACUUGCCGGACUCCCUCGACGCAAAGAUAGAGGCGCUGCUGCGGGACUGGCAUCAGAGCCCUGAUCUACUCUUCUCCAUACAUCCGGUCGAUGGCAGCUUUCUUAUAUGUGUCGAAUCCUUAAAUUGUAUACCUGUUUCAGAUCAAAAUCAACCGGAAGCUGUUACGACACCACUGGCCAGUGUACAGGAAGAGAAAGACGAGAAUGAGUGGCCUCAGCCGGAUGAACAGAAAGAACCACAAGAAAAUGGUCAUCGAGAAGAGAAUAACAAUGAUAUGCAGCGCAGAACUAGUGUGGUGGGAGAUGAUCUAGGAGAAAAUCAAGAUGGAGACGUACUAGAGUCUGCUCCAGUCAUAUCUAUGGUUACAAACCACACCAACGGAACUUUGAACCUUUGGCAAUUAACAUUCGAUGAUAAAUCAAAGUUUUCACAGGUGCUAUCAAUAGGCCAUGCUUCAAGAGCGUCCGGUCACAGGUUUAGAGUUAACGAUAUUACUUGCCAUCCAGUAUUACCAUUAUUGUUAACAACCAGUCAUCAUAAUAUAUCCGAUGCGGAGCGUGGUGAUCAGCGCGCGGAGGACGCGGGCGCGGCGGGCGGGCUGUGCUCGGAGCUGAUAAUGUGGCGCGUUGAGUGCGUGGGCCCACUCGCCAACUCGACUUUAGGAAAUUUAUCAAAUUCACCGUCCGCGUGUUUUGUGGCGAGCGAUGGUGAAAGUCUCCGACUCUUCCAGGCUGUCAUCGAUGCGCGAACACUUUUAGCGGAAAUUGCUACUUCGGAGCGACGUCACAAGGACACAUCGCAACAUCACGACACGAUGUCGCUAUCGUCUGUGUCAAGCGCCGGCGAGCCGGAGGAGGGCGGGGUGCCGCUCCACGAGCGCAUCCGCAUCGUGUCGCAGCAGUCGACGGCGCGGCCCGGCGCCGUCAUACAGCUGCACGCCAUCGCGGACGCCGCGCACGACUGGCACAACACGCAGCUGCUGCACGUCUUCCAGGAACAACUCAUCACCGGUGAAAGAACAACAACGGAUACGGACAGCGCGGAUUCCGGUGUGGAGGGCUCUGAUGUGAACACUAUCACUGAAGCUGGUUUCGAAGCUAUCGUGGACCUGCGCAAGGCGGCGGUGUUCAAUGAGCCCUUCUAUAUCGUUGUGUUGGAGCGAACUGAUGGCGGCUCUACUGUACACAUGUGGAGACUUAUGGUGUCGUCCCAAGCAGAUCCAUCAGAUGACAUGACAAACAGUAUGAUGUACGUACCAGACAGUGCGCUGGUGCAGGAGGAGCUGCUGGAGGACACCAUCCCGCUCAGGAACGUCAGCCUGCCGCGCGUCGGCGUCAGCGUCGACACGCAGAUUGAUCUCUCCUAUCUACAUGAUACCUCAUUCAUGCAGAAGAAACAGAGAUUGACGCAGGUUCUUCAAACCCUCUCUUCGGAAGAGAGUAGGAACAACCGUAAUGGAGAAGGUGAUUCGGGUAAAUCAGCGGGACUGUUAGCCGUACCCUCAUUCAGCACGCUGCAGUCACUACGACGGAGUAUCAUGGAGAAUGGAAACACAUGUCCUCUGACACAGAAGCAUCUGGUGCAACUGGACUGGGUGUCGAAGGAAGACGGCUCACAUAUACUGACGGUGGCUGUUGGAUCUAGAGUGUUACUGUUCACGCCUGUCUCCAGCGAUCUAGCUCAAGCUAACCUAAAGGCAAUGAAAGAAUCAAUAAACAACAACCGUCCUAUAUUAAGGAAGGCGUCGUCUCUUGCCGCGCCGCUGUUCGUGGAAGAGAUCAGAUGGAUGCAGCUACGACGUAUCGACCUGAAGACGGCAGACGGGCUGCCCCCCCUGCCCAUGCAGAUCUCGUGGGUGCGGGAUGGGAUACUCGUGGUGGGGAUGGACUCGGAGAUGCAUGUUUACUCGCAGUGGAAGCCUGAGAACCAGCAGUUACCUUCGGGACAGAUACAGGAGAUAGAGGAGGGCGGAGAGUCCCGCGCGCUCCGGGACUCCGACCUGCGCGUGUCCGCACCGCAUCUGCAGCGCGUGUCCUCCAUCAACCUGCAGCUGCUGGAGAGAGACGCCAGGAGACGGAACAAGGCUCAGUCCGAUCAACCACAACCUCUAUUGAACUAUAUGCCUGACUACGGAUUAUUCGAGGCAUCGCAAAUGGCCUGCCCUGUCCUACCGCAGUAUCAUCCCAAACAACUAAUGGAACUACUGAACAGUGGAAAAAUACGAUGGGUGAAGGCAAUACUUGCACAUUUAGUCAGAUGUAUUGGAGGGUCUUACGCUAACCGCAGUUCUCAAGGAGAUGAAGAUAGUCUUUCCAGACAGCGCGGCUGGUCGCGUUCCCGCACGCUGUCCGUGUCCUUCGCCGCCGGCGCAGCCUCGCCGCUAGAUGGCGUCACACAGAUAACGGAAGAUGUACAGUUAGACUACGCGGAACUGACGUCAGUGCCGCCAUUGCCACUUUGGACUUUGCUGGUAGCUGACAAGGAAUCACCUCAUCAUCCGUCCACUAUACAAGAAGCUAAGGAUUAUAAUGAAUUGUUCGAGGGAACGAUGGAAACGGAAGACGAUUUGGAUGCUCUGUUACUGAGCGAGGAAGAUGGAGUGGAUCGCCGUCCUUCGAUGCCCGAAAGGCAACCGCUAUCACAUUUCGGUCCUAGACAAGGUCGUAUCCUAUCACGUCUCCUGACACACACGCACCUGCCGGGGCUGAGCUCGCUGGACCAGAUGCACCUGCUGGCGCUGGCGGACACGGUGUCGACGUGCGACGCGGACUUCGCGGAGCGGUUUGCGGCCAACGCGCGUGUUGAUCUCGCACACAACAACGCACAGGACUUCGUGCCGGAUUCACUCGACGACUGCGGACUUCGGUUCCUACUAGCUAUGAAGCACUACGGGUACUUACUACGCUGCCUACCCCUUGCGCAGCGCGCGUCGUUACAGCGCGACGGCGUCGGCACCUGCAACCUCGUGUGGGCGUACCACUCAGAGACACACGAGCAGCUGCUGUCGUUAGUGCCCGGGUACACUAAGGGACAGCCUAAAUGGUCCACUAUGAGGGAACUUGGCGUGGGAUGGUGGGUGCGAGGUGACUUACUACGUACGUGCGUCGAGAAGUUGGCGCGUGCGUCAUACAUGGCGAAGCAGGAGCCGAUGGACGCCGCACUUUACUACUUAGCUAUGAAGAAACGCAUGCUGCUGUGGGGACUGUUCAGAUCCAAUAGAGACGAUAGGAUGACAGCCUUCUUCGCCAAUGAUUUCACGGAGGACCGUUGGCGUAAGGCGGCGUUAAAGAAUGCGUUCGUAUUACUCGGCAAGCAGAGAUUUGAACACGCUGCCGCUUUCUUCCUGCUAGGAGGUGCUCUCAAGGACGCUUUAGAGGUAUUGAUAACCCGUCUCGGAGAUUUACAAUUGGCUAUGGUUAUCGCCCGCCUGUACGAAUCGGAUAGUACGUUGCCGCCCAGCUUACAAAAAUUACUUAUGGAUGAAGUACUUGGUGGUGAGACAGAAGAUGGUGAGAUAGACUUGGAGCGUGCCCACCCGGAUCCGUUCGUGCGGUCUAUGGCGUUGUGGGAGCUACGUCGGUACGGCGCCGCGCUUGACACGUUGUUGCGUACAGCCGGUCGUUUGCACGCAGCUAACAGCAGCGACGAGCCCGUGCCCAGUGUCUUCAACUUCUAUGUAUAUCUGCGAACGCAUCCAAGACUAAAGAGACAUAAUUUACCCACGCAGGGUGGUACAUUAGCACUACUACAACAAGAAGCGGAGGAGGGCAUAACGCGGCUGGAGCGGCGCCUGUACUUCCAGACUGCGCACGGGCACUUCAAGGCGGGCUGCCCGGCGCUCGCACUCGAAGUGUUGUCCAAGUUGCCCGCCAGAGUGCGCGAUGAGAAGAUAAGACAACCAGUCUCCGCCCCUUCGGUAGAAGAAACAUUCAUACAUACAGGACAAAUUGUGGAUAAUACACCCGCGAAAAAGGAAGAAGAGAAUGUGGAUUGGAGUUCAUCAUCAGUAGACUGGGGAGCUCCGGUUAGUACAGUCAAGAAUGAUGACUUAGUUCUCACUUGGGAUGACGACAACGAAGACAAAGAGUCUGAGGGAUCUGGUGCUUCAACUCCGCCACUAGAAAUGAAAAUAAAUAAACCCGAAGAACCGGUUGAGAAUGGACUGGAUGACCAGAAAGAAGAGGCCCCUCAAGUUGACAUCAUGGCCCAGCAGUUGAAGUUCGUGGCUUGUUUGAAGAUCCUGAUGGAGGAGCUAAGUACACUGGCUACUGGAUUUGAAGUCGAUGGCGGCCACCUGCGCUACCAGCUGUACAUCUGGCUGGAGCGCGAGGUGGAGGCGCUGCGGCGGCUGUGCGGGUACGCGGCGGCGGGCGGCGCGGCCGGCGAGCUGCUGUGCGCGGACGCGGACCCGCCGCCGCUGCCCGACCGCCCCACGCUGCACCAGCUCCUCGCCAGAGAGAAGGCCGACUUCGAGGCCAAGGUGCAGCGCGCAGUGCGGCGCCGCAAGUGGCUCAAAGCGAACGAGACACUGCUGCGUACGCUACUGUCGUACUGCUCGUUACACGGCGCGGGCGGCGGGGGGCUGGCGUCGGUGCGCAUGGAGCUAGUACUGCUGCUGCAGGAGCUAGGCCAGGAUAAGCAGCACCAGCAGCUGCUGUCGCCGCUGCCCUUCCCCACCACGCUGCCGCUGCUGGCCGCCGCCGUUGCAGCCAACAACACAGUGGUCGCGGACCCCGUGCGACAUCUACAGUGCGUGGCGCACGACAUGCUGGGCACGGUGGGCGAGCUGUGCGUGCCGGGCGGCGCGGCCACGCGUCUGCUGCACACGCUGCGCGAGCUGGCCGUCGCGCUCUCCGCCUGCAUCUACCAGAGCCUCUGUGACUCCGACACCUUCAGCCUCAAGCACGCGCACCACCACGACGGAAUGAUUGCAGAAACACCAGGCACCUCCAAUCUCCUGGUGCGGCCGAGACGAUACUCUGUUGAAGAACUGUCCGUCACUACUACACCAAAUAAAUGGCCAGGCGUGUCUGCGCUGCGCGGGCUGGCGCUGCGCGCGGCGGAGGAGGAGGACUCGCCGCGGCUGGCGGUGCUGCUGGCGGAGGCGUUCUGCGCGGUGUACCUGGCGCUGCUGGGCUGGCCGAAGUUAGUGGAGCGUGCGGAGGGCACGUCUGUGUGGUCGUCGCUGCGUGAGAAGCGCGCGCUGCUGCACAUGCGGCUGCUGGGCAUGGGGCCCGCCGCGCCCAAGCACAUACAGGAGGGCCGCCCCACGUACAGGGAGCAGUUCGUGCCACCCCAGUGCAGCAUACUCACCUUCCUAUUGACUAAGCCAACGCAGGAGCAAGAUCCCGAGAACAACGACUACGAUUCAGCAGAGUCGGGCGCUGAGGACGCCGAGGAGAGCGGCAGCGAACCUGAAGAUGAUGACAUCUUCGACACCAACACUAAUAAAAGUGAGAAAAGACACAAGGGCGCGAACAUGGAGCACUCGGAGCCGGACUCGUACUCGUGGUACGUGAUGCGCGUGGCCGUGCUGCGGCUCGCGCAGACCAAGCUGCAGCAGUUCCUGCAGCUGUGCGGCAUCGAGAUGUCAGAGCUGGCAACGACGAGUCCGAUGGUGCACGGCGCGCUGCGGCGCGUGGACCAGUGGCAGCAGCAGCUGACGGAGUCGCUGGAGGCGCGCGCGCCACCCUCCGACUACAUCCCCGGCUGCUUCCCCGACCAGGUCACUGCCGGGCCGCCCAUCAACAAGUACAGAUGUUUGUUGGAGAAACACAACACUCCGUUUAACUCCGCGUUAUACAGCGCAGCGCCUGCGAGACGUCUUUGGAGUUAUUUAGUGCGACAGGAACAAGUCCAGGACGUGUUCAUCCGCGCGGUGUUCUCGCGUCGUCGUGCGCAGUCUGUGAGUUCGCCGCUGAACCCCAACGCGCCGCAGAUGCCAGUCGGCAUGGCCAGCCAGACCGGCCGCGGCGCCAGCGUCGUGCUGAAACAUAAGAUCGACAAUAUAAAGCGUAUGGCUGCGCAUCCUUCACAACCUUUGUACUUGACGGGCGGCGCGGACGGAUCAGUACAACUAUGGGAGUGGGGUCACCCGUCGUGCGUGUGGUCGCCGCGAGCGCCGGGCGCCUUCGCCAAGGUGACGCGGGUGCGGUUCUCCGACUACGGGAACAAGUUCGCAGCGGCGGACGCGGACGGCAACCUCGCCAUGUGGCAGCUGCACCCCGCGCCGCCGCACGCGCACCCGCCCGCACACAACGCGCACGGACAGCCCACCGCGCACGCCUCGCCUAGACCCUUCUUUACUCAUCAAUGUCAUAGUAAAGGAAUAAGCGAUUUCGUUUUCCUCGGUUCCUGUAGUUUAGUUGCCACAGCUGGCCACAGUUCGGAGAGCAAAAAUGUCGCCAUAUGGGACACACUGAUGCCGAUCAAGAAAGCCCUCGUUGUUUACUACUACGCCGUUGGAGCCGCCGACGGAGAUAUCAAGGUGUUCUCACUGGCGACGCACCAGCUGCUGCACACGUUCGCGGGCGAGCACGCGCGCAGCUCCUUCUUCAAGCACAUCGGGCAGGGCGUCACGCAAAUACACAUCGACAACUGCGGGCGCAUGUUCUCGUGCGGCGCGGACGGCACGAUGAAGGUGCGCAAGCUGCCGGAGCGCGACGCGCCGCUGCACCAGCUGCACCAGCCCCACUACUGAACACCAUAGAUGAGAUAGCUGCGGGCGGCAGCGGGGGGCAGCGGGGGCAGCGGGGGGCAGAGGGCGGUAGUGCGACUGUGAUGUAUUCGUUGUUGCUAUGAAAUGCGUAUGUUAGCCGCCAGACUAGUCACUGGCCGGCGCGUUGUAUCAUUAGUGUGUUUGAAACCUAUAUGAAUCUUUAGCUAUAUCUAGUACGAAAUAAUCACUAUUUUUAUCUUAAUGUAUCUUAGAUGAAUUAUAUGAAGAAAUUAUUUAUUCACUAUUAGUAUAAUCCAGUCCCACGGAUGGCCUAAGUAUCGAUGUACACGAUGUGCAAAUACGUACUAAAUGAGAAUAUAGUGCAAUAUCGCUAAACGACUAGAGAAUGUUACAGCUUUAGAUAUUAGCUACAAAUUGAGUCUACGCCACUAAUAUAAAUAAAAUAACGUUAUUCCAAUAUAAAUAAAAAAGUAACUAAUAAUGUAAGAAUACUUACAAAUAUCGAUAUUGAUAUCGAUAUCUUUUUCAAACCUAUCAACGUAUCGAUAAUGAUUGCGUCCUUAAAGUAACAAGUAUCAAAUGCAUUAUGUAAUUUACAAAUGGUAGGAUUUUCGAUGAUAUAAUCUUUCAGAUAUUUAAAAAAAUAUGUUUUAAGUAAAUUUUAUGUUAUAAAACAAGAUGUUUAUUACAUGUUAUUUCACUAUAAUGUAUUUAAUUAAUUUCAUUUAUAUACAGAUGUAAUACUUUCAUCAAUAACCCUAAGGGUUGGGGAUGCCAGGAUUAGUAUAUUUUAAAUGGUAGCGUGACUCAGUUUGUAGCAAUAUAACAAUAUAGACAAGAUGUUAGCCGUUUUAUAUAUUUAGCUUGUGAUGUGAUUACAGACUCGUUAUAUAAACUUGUUGACGCAUAAUAAUUAACAUAUUAUAUUUCAAAUCUAACAUAUAAUGGUCGUGGCUUACGUGUAACGUGUUAGAGUACUUUAUUAAAAAAAUUCUAUCGUCGUUUAACAAUUCGCUUCGUAAUGAAUGCUUGCGUAUCCCCUUUUCUAUUAGACGUAAGUUUCUCCUAUUUAUGUGUGUUGUAUUUGUGUCGGUAAUUGGUCAUUUCGAUUACUUGAUUAAAAGCAAUAUUUUCAAUUUGAUGUUAAUCGAAGUAAUAUAGUAAUUUGUAAUGCGUAUUGUAUGCCCUAAUGAAACAGUAUUAUCGCAAAUUGAUGCGAUUUUGAGAGAACAUAAUUGAUUUAUCGAAUGGAAGAAAAACUUUUACAGCCUGAAUGUUCGUGUGUAGCAAAAUGUAUGAGGUAUAUAAAAUGCCUCGUGGCUAUAUUCCACUAAAAUUACGAUUAUGUUUAUUUAUUUGGUUUUACAUAUUUACUUGUAUGUUUUUAGACUAUUUUAUCUGCGUAACUAUCAAUUCAACGUAUUAUCUUUAAAGUCUGCCUCUAAUACUGAUGUCGGAGAAUGUAUAAAUCAUAGAUAUAUAAUCCAUAGACACCCAAUAUUAACCACAAAUGUCAGGCGAAAAAACACCUACGGAGGCCUUUUGUUAGAGUAAAUUGCUAUAGUGUUGUCAUUUGCAAGACAAAACUCUAUACCACUAGUAGUCUCGAUUGUAAAUCAGUAAAUUGUGAAACUUCUGUGAAACA